UCAACUGCUUUGCUUUUUGAGCCUUUUUGAGCCUUUUUGAGGAUGAGGAAUGAGGAUGCGAGUUUUGUAUUUUAUAUUUUUUAAUUGUAUAAGAUAAGAUUAAAUAACUGACAAUUUUGAAGUUUGAAUGUACGAUCAAUUUUAUACUGUAUCAAUAAAUUUUUAAUUAUGGACUCUCUCAAAAGGGCUGAUAGUACUCUUAGCAUAUCUUCAAUUAUUUCUGACUCCAGUCCAAAUACUGAAGAUCCAGAAUUAACAGCAAAAACUAAUUCUAUGUUGAAACUUUUACAAGAAGCUAUUAAUAAUUCAAAUUCAGAGAACUCAGCACUUGCCAGUGAGAUAUUAGAGUUGCUUCACACUUUCAAAUUUGAUGUUAAAUCUUUACCUAUAGACAUCAAAGAAGGUCUACAAAAUACUGCUGCCAUUUUAAAAUUAGAAGGACUGCCUUCGGUAGAUGAGACAGCGUUACAGCUGUGUCUGGAGAAAAGGAAAAUUCAAAGUAAAAUGAAGGAAAGAGAGGAGCGAUUGUUAAAAGUAAAAUACAAUGCUGCAUUUGCUAAGUAUAAUGCUUUGCAAGAAAAGCUUUUGAAAAUAAGAAAAGAAAUUCAACAAAUUGAAGAUGCCUUACAAUCUGAAAUAUCUAAUGAUGAAAACACAGAAUCAGAUAGAAUUUUGUGGUCAGACAGACUUCAUCAAUACAAAGGUACCAUUGAACAAUUAGAACAAGAAUUAGAUAACAUACAAAGUCAAGAAAUUGGAUUGGAUAAAACUUUACAAAAGUCAUCUGUUCUUAUGGAUAAAUUAAAUGAUCUAACAGAAUUGAAUAAGGCAUUAGAACAAUAUGGAGGUCUGCCUCCUAAUUUGUUACAAGCAAGAUAUAUGCUGGAAUGUAAAAAACAAGAAUUACAAGAAAUUGAAAAACUCCUUUGUGAUAAAUUAAAUAAUUAAAAUAUACAAUUUUUAUUUUUAAACUUUUAAUACAAAAAUAAUUUUAGGUGUGAACAAGAUUUCAAAUGAGAAAAAUAUUUCUAAUGUUAUGAGUAUCAACUAGACAGUAUUACUUGAUGUUUUUAAUGUUUUGUAAAAAGUGGUGUUUAGUAAUUAUCACACUGCAUAAAAUGUUUUUAAUAAAU